UAAUAUAAAAUUUAUAAUAGGUAUGUGCAAAUUGGGACUCUUGAACCGAAUGGUGUCGAGUUCGUGGUCAAUGUAUAUAGAAACCAACCUAAACAGUAAAACAAUAGAUAUGAAUUUUCAAUACUACAAAGUUUUUCUUGUUAAUAUCAGUAUACUUUUUUUAACACUAUUUAGAUUGGUCAGGAACGUUUCUAAUUAAUUUCUCUCAAAUUUUAUAAAAGUAAAAAUCCAUAUUUUAUAAAUUGAAUGCAACUUAAAAGCAGAAAUCGCUAAUUGACUACAACUAAAUAAGCGUAAGUACUUCUAACAGUUUAACUAAAGCUUUUAAAAACAAUAAAACAUUACGACUCCAUUUCACUAAGUGAUAGGCAGAAUAGAAACUCCUUUAUGAUAUUGCUCGUCUUUAUAAAAUUGCUUAACGAUAUUGUACCUUAUUACAACUGUAUUAAAGGUUUCGAGGUGUCCUCUUUCUGUUUGCUUAGUUUCGCCCGCCAUUCGCUUCUGUCUGCUAAUAUUUUACGUCCGUAGGCAGUGUGGAUGUCACGGAACGGCACCCUUUUGCGCGGCAUGUCCGGUCUUAAGUUUUCUUUAUGAUGUCUACUGCCCUGAACAGCUUUAGGCUCUCCGUCCGGGACUCUGUUGAAGGGGUUGUACCUCUGCCCUCUCGGAGGUACUUUAGGUUCUUCUUCCGGAGGAGUUAUUGUCACCAGCGCUGCUUCAGCUGCAGCUUCCGCUUGUGCCUCAUCCAACUGUCUCUGCAGAUCAGAAACCAUGAGCUUCAUGUAGUCGUAACUGGCGCAGGCGAGGGCUUUCAUCCAAGCCUCCAUGGAGGCUUGCGAGUUGGUACACAAGUAGUAUGUGCGCCCACCCUCGCACUGGAACGAUAUCUUAAAACUGUACGCUUCUUCUUCCGUCAACUCAAUAGUACACCCUUCCAGAAUGAUUACACCGACUGGUUCCUUGUCCCCUUUCUUGUCGAAAUAAAACAGGAGGUUGCCUUUCAACACGAACCAUCGUUUCUGGUAACUUUUGCCGACUUCGCCUCGCAUGUCCAGCCACCCGUCGCGGUCCACCGGCGUCGCAGACGACGCGAAAGCGCACAAAUUCUUUUCGUUUAUUUUCAUUGUCAUUUAUAAAUAUUCAUACGAACUGUCGGACAUACAAAUGUAGCAAAUGUGAUCUCUCAGUCACUUUUAGAAUCUGAGUUUCCCCUAGGAAAAUCAAGAGAUACGGGUCAUUUACAAAGAAUCGUGCCUUAUUUGCAAGAAAUGUUUUAUUUACACAGAAAUCGCGAAAGGAAAAUAUACACCCAUUCCAUUCCAAAAUUACGAUCUUCAAAAUAUCAAUGACAAUGUCAUGCUAAU